CAGAAAGCUGUUGGUUAUUCGAAUUUCAAACUCAUUUUCUAAAUUAAAAUCAACAACACAGAAACAACAAAAUGCAAAUGAAUCAGAGUUAAUCGCACAGUUGUUCUACUUGGGAUUGUGAUGAAAAUCGAAAAGUGAAGAUUGAUUGGGUGGGAUUGGAUUGGAGCUCUUUUCGUGGUCGACCGUCGAGCUUGUGGAAGUAGCGUUUUGGUGGUGGCUACGUAGUGGUUGGUAUAUUUGCAGCGGACUAGUUACUUUUAUCUUAUUCUUCGAAGCUUCCGACGAAUCUUGAAUUGAUCAUGGCGAGAUCACCACCUUCCUUCACAAACCUAAUCCUCCGCCGCCCAACUCCUCGUACCCUCCAAAACCCUAAUUCCCAAAUCCGAAACAUUGGUGCUAGCAACGAUGGAACAGAAUUCAAUCAGCAAAACCAAGACCCAAUAAAUUCCAAUCGGUAUGACAAUCAAAACUUCAUUGAAAUUGCCAGAGAGGUUUCGAAAAUCAUUCGAACCCGACCCAGAUGGGAACAGACAAUUCUCUCUGAUUUUCCCACCAUAAAUUUUGGGGAUCCUCAUUUUUUCCGUGAGGUCUUGAUGCACCAAAAAAAUGUGUUUUUGUCGCUUCGGUUCUUUAAUUGGGUUAGCUCUCAAAAUGGGGUUUUGCCAGAUUCGUUGCUGUGUAAUGAGAUUUUUACCGGUCUUGUGGAGGCUAAGGCUGCUAAUGCAGCAAGGAAUUUUCUUGAUUCUACUAAGUUUGGGCCAGAACCGGCUUGUUUGGAGGCUUACAUACAAUGUUUAUGUGGAAAUGGGUUGAUUGAAGAAGCUAAUGAUGUGUUUGAUCAGUUGAAGAGGAUGGGAAAGUGGCCGUCUCUGGUGACAUGGAAUUCGGCUUUAUUGGGUGCAAUUAGAGCUAGACGAACUGAUCUUGUUUGGAAAUUGUAUGUUGAUAUGAUCGAAUGUGGUGUUAUAGUGGAUGUUGACACGAUUGGGUAUCUAAUUCAAGCAUUUUGUAUUGAGGAAAAAUUUAUCAAAGGUCAUGAACUCCUACGGCAAGUUUUGGAAGAUGGGCACGUUCCUAGUAAGGUCUCUUUCAAUAGAUUGAUGUCUGGGUUUUGUAAGGAUAGGUGUUACAAUAAAGUAUCAAUACUUCUUCAUACAAUGAUUGCAAAAAAUCAUGCUCCGGAUAUAUACACUUACCAGGAAAUUAUACAUGGGUUAUGCAAGAGAAAAAUGAGGCAUGAAGGUUUUCGGAUUUUUAAUGAUCUUAAGGAUAGAGGGUAUGUUCCAGAUAGGGUCAUGUAUACCACAAUGAUUAAUGGUCUUUGUAAGAUGAAAUGGCUGGGGGAUGCGCGGAAGUUGUGGUUUGAGAUGAUUCAAAAGGGAAUCAUUCCCAGUGAGUACACAUACAAUGCACUCAUCUAUGGGUUUUGCAAAACUGGUCAAUUUAAUGAAGUCCGGAAGCUUUAUAAGGAGAUGUGUGACAGAGGUUACAGCAAGACCACAGUGAGUUACAACACCAUGAUUAGCGGGUUGUGCUUACACGGAAGGGUAGAAGAAGCUCAUGCCUUGUUCAAACAGAUGGAUGAGAAUGGUAUCACUCGUGAUUCCAUCACAUACAAUUCUCUGGUUCAGGGUUUCUGUAAGGAAGGGAAGAUAGUCGAGGGUACAAAGUAUUUAUAUGAACUUCUAGAGCAGGGUUUGCAGCCAACAACUUCCUCUUGUACUGUGCUAAUCGAAAAACUUUGCCAGUUGGGGCACAUGGAUGAAGCAAAAACAUUGUGGAAAGAUAUGCAGGAUAGGGGUGUGAAACCAGUGGCGUGUAAUAAUGACUCGAUCCUAAUUGGGUUGAGUGAACAAGGAUAUGUUGCAGAGGGGAUUGAAUGGUUGGCCACUAUGCUAAAGAGUAGGCUCAAACCCCAGAAAGAAACUUUUGAGAGACUAGUUCAAGUUCUCUCACAAGGAGAUAAGUUGGAUGAUGCUUUACUGGUGUUGGGUUACAUGUUUAAAAUAGGUUAUGCACUCAGUGAAUGUGUUUGCCAUUCUCUUGUAAAUAGACUUUGCAAAGAUAAUUCUCAUCAUGUCGAGACAUGUAUAGGGGAUAUCCUUCAAAACGGCUGAAGCUCCCGAGGAAAUCCUGUACUGUCUGUCACGUUCAAAUCUGCUCUCUUAUAUCAUAAGUACCUUACUGGAUUUGGUUUAAAGUGCAGGAGGAAAAUGAUAACUAAGAAGUUAUCUGAAGGUAUUAGUCUUUCAAAUUUCGAAUAGGAUAGAGUUUUUUAUAUACUGAAAAAUAAAAAACUGACACAUUUAUCCUCCACCUCAUAUACUUGUACAUGCAGAAUUUUGUGCAAGUUGUUAACACACUAAUAUGGUAUGCAAGUACA